AGUCCCGCCCCAGAGAAGGCCAGUCGGAGUUGGACCGGAGAUAGACUGUCUUCGACCAGUCGUUACUAGACGCAUCUUGACAGGAGCCGCAGCACAGCAGCUAACCCGCACUUCCACUUAACACGGACACUUUUUACAGAAGUUAUUAUUUAUUUUUCAACCUGUCGUUCAGGUGGACUCUGGAUAGUCUGACCGGUCGAGGCUGCCUCCCCUCACCCGUUCUACCGUGUACAAGGAACUCAGCCAUGCACCCUCCCCCGUCGCUCCUAUUCCUCCUCCACCUCUCACUCUACCCCAGUGCAUGCUGGUCCUCCAGGAUCAUCGUAGUCCCUCCCAUCAUGUUUGAGUCCCAUCUCUACAUCUUCAAGACCCUUGCCACAGAACUCCACCUCCAGGGACAUGACACUUCCUUCCUGCUGUCAGAGGGACGCCAGGUGCCCCCCUCCCCCCACUACACCUUCCAGCGUUACCCAGGCAUCUUCAACUCCUCCACAGCCGACAGCUUCCUCCAAUCAAAGGUCAGCAACAUCUUCUCCGGUCGUUUCACGGCGUUGGAACUCUUCGACAUUCUCGACCACUACGCCCAGAACUGCGACGCCGUCGUGGGAAACAAAGAGGUCAUGACCCAACUCAAGGACGCCAAAUUUGACCUUUUAUUGGUCGACCCCAACGAGAUGUGUGGGUUCGUGAUCGCUCACAUCCUCGGGGUUCCCUACGCCGUCUUUUCCACGGGCCUAUGGUACCCAGCGGAGGUCGGGGCUCCCGCCCCUCUCUCCUACGUCCCAGAGUUCAACUCUCUCCUCACCGAUCAGAUGUCUCUGGUCCAGAGGAUUACCAACACGGCGGUGUACCUGGUGUCCCGGUUCGGGGUUCAGUACCUGGUGUUACCUAAGUACGAGCGGAUCAUGAGGAAGCACGGUGUUGAGCCGCGGGUCGCCAUGCAGGACCUGGUUCAGGGGAGCAGGCUGUGGAUGUUGUCUACUGAUCUGGCUCUGGAGUUCCCCAGGCCCACUCUACCACACGUUGUCUAUGUAGGAGGGAUACUGACCAAACCUGCCAGCCCAUUACCUCAGGACUUUGAGUCGUGGGUAAAUGACACGGCGGAGCACGGUUUCGUGGUGGUAUCGUUUGGCGCCGGCGUCAAAUACCUCUCAGAGGAUAUCACUCACAAACUGGCUGGAGCCCUGGGCAGGCUGCCCCAACGCGUGGUCUGGAGGUUCUCGGGGGUUCCGCCCAGUAACCUAGGCAACAAUACCAAGUUGGUGGAUUGGAUGCCUCAGAACGACCUGUUGGGCCAUGCCAGAACAGUAGCCUUUCUGUCCCAUGGUGGUCUCAACAGUAUCUAUGAAGCGAUGUACCACGGUGUUCCUGUCGUGGGGCUCCCUCUGUUUGGGGACCACUACGACACUAUGACCCGGGUGGAGGCUAAAGGGAUGGGCAUCAUGGUUCACUGGAAGAGGAUGACAGAGGAGGAGCUGUACCAGGCACUGGACACUGUUAUCAACAAUAACAGGUAUCGUCAGCGUGCCCAGGUGCUCUCCUCCAUCCAUAAGGACCAACCAGGUCACCCGGUAACGAGAGCUGUCUAUUGGAUAAGCUACAUCCUCCGUCACCAUGGAGCCAACCAUUUACGAUCCUCUGUCUACACUGUCUCCACCUACCAGUACUUUCUAUUGGACGUUGUGCUGGUCGUAGGGGCGGGGCUGGCCCUGAUUGGCUACCUGUUUUACCGGAUAGCAGGGCUACUAAGGUCAACGGUUAAGGUUCAGGAGCGGGGGGGAGAGGUUGGUGACGGUGGCGACGACAAGGCAAACGGACAUUGCCAUAGCAACGGAGCAGUCGCUAACGGGAAGCACAAACGUAACAGAGCGCCGGUGGAGAACGACAAGAAGAUGAAGUAAAGGGGCGGAGACUCUGUUCUGGGGUCAGAGGUCGGAGAGGAAGCUGAUUCUACUGUAGAGAUUUAGGGUUUGGGGGAGAACACUCCUCAUUCUGGGAGACUGCAGAAAGACUGGGAUGAGGUGUGUGUGUGUGUGUGUGUGUGUGUGUGUGUGUGUGUGUGUGUGUGUGUGUGUGUGUGUUUUUCGGGGGAGGGAGGAGGGUUCACAACCAACAACAACAACCAAGGAGCUGGAAAGUCCUCUCCUCUCCUCCCUCUCUCCACUCCUCCUCUUCCCCCCUCUCUCUUUCUCUCUCUCUCUCUGUCUCUCUCUCUCCUCUCUCACUUUCUCUCUCUCCCACUCUCUCUCUCUCCCCCUCUCUCCUCUCAUCCUCUCUCCCCCCUCUCUUCUCACCCCCCCUCUCUCUCCUCUCUCUCCCCUCUCUCCUCUCAUCCUCUCCCUCCCUCUCUCCUCUCUCUCUCUUUCCCCCCUCUCUCCUCUCCUCCUCUUUCCCCCCUCUCUCCUCUCCUCCUCUUCCCCUCUCUCUCCUCUCCUCUCAUCCUCUCCCUCCCGCUCUCCUCUCUCUCUCUCUCUCUCUCUCUCUUUCUACCUCUCUCUCUCCCCGCUCUCUCUCUCCCCCUCUCUCUUCUCAUCCUCUCUCCCCCCUCUAUCUCUCUCCUCUCCUCCUCUCGCUCCCUCUCUCCUCAUCCUCUCUCUCCCCCCUCUCUCUCCUCUCUUCCUCUUCCUCUCCUCCCCUCUCUCUCCCUCUCCCCCCCCCCUCUCUCCUCUCAUCCUCCCCCCCCUCUGUCCCCCCCCCCCCUCUCUCUCUCUCUCUCUCUCUCUCUCCCCUCUCUCCUCUCCUCUGGAAUGGAAGAAUGAAGAAGAGGGUCUCUGAUCAACCCCAACAAGGUUAAACGAUGUGAUUUUUUGAAGGAGAAUCGCUGCUCACCAAGCGACUGUGGACAGACAACUAUGUGUUACAUAUAACAACACGCUAAACUAUUCUUUAAUCAGAUUAUAUUUUAUUUAUUUAAUUUCACUCAUCAAUCAGUCAGACUGCAGUGUACAGUAGAUCCUAACAGGGUUGGAAUGAUAUAAUGCUAUGUUAGUUAGAUAUGCAGUAUAUUUAGAUUUAAUGUCUGUCUGUUUCUCUGUCUGUCUGGGAUUUGUUAUGUUAGUAAGAUAUACAGUGUAUUUAGAUAUAAAGUCUGUCUCUCUGUCUGUCUGCUUCCCUCAUUCCCUCUAGACUGACCCUAAUGGCCCCAAACCCUCAUUCCCUCUAGACUGUCCCUAAUGGUCCCCUAUUCCUUCCCUCAUUCCCUCUAGACUGUCCCUAAUGGUCCCCUAUUCCUUCCCUCAUUCCCUCUAGACUGUCCCUAAUGGCCCCCUAUUCCUUCCCUCAUUCCCUCUAGACUGUCCCUAAUGGCCCCAAACCCUCAUUCCCUCUAGACUGUCCCUAAUGGCCCCCUAUUCCUUCCCUCAUUCCGUCUAGUCUGUCCCUAAUGGACCCCUAUUCCUUCCCUCAUUCCCUCUAGACUGUCCCUAAUGGUCCCCUAUUCCUUCCCUCAUUCCCUCUAGACUGUCCCUAAUGGUCCCCUAUUCCUUCCCUCAUUCCCUCUAGACUGUCCCUAAUGGUCCCCUAUUCCUUCCCUCAUUCCAUCUAGACUGUCCCUAAUGGCCCCCUAUUCCUUCCCUCAUUCCCUCUAGACUGUCCCUAAUGGCCCCCUAUUCCUUCCCUCAUUCCCUCUAGACUGUCCCUAAUGGCUCCAAAUCCUCAUUCCCUCUAGACUGUCCCUAAUGGUCCCCUAUUCCUUCCCUCAUUCCAUCUAGACUGUCCCUAAUGGUCCCCUAUUCCUUCCCUCAUUCCCUCUAGACUGUCCCUAAUGGCCCAAAACCCUCAUUCCCUCUAGACUGUCCCUAAUGGCCCCCUAUUCCUUCCCUCAUUCCCUCUAGACUGUCCCUAAUGGCCCCUAUUCCUUCCCUCAUUCCCUCUAGACUGUCCCUAAUGGUCCCCUAUUCCUUCCCUCAUUCCCUCUAGACUGUCCCUAAUGGUCCCCUAUUCCUUUCCUCAUUCCCUCUAGACUGUCCCUAAUGGCCCCAAACCCUUAUUCCCUCUAGACUGUCCCUAAUGGCCCCUAUUCCUUCCCUCAUUCCCUCUAGACUGUCCCUAAUGGUCCCCUAUUCCUUCCCUCAUUCCCUCUAGACUGUCCCUAAUGGCCCCAAACCCUCAUUCCCUCUAGACUGUCCCUAAUGGCCCCCUAUUCCUUCCCUCAUUCCCUCUAGACUGUCUCUAAUGUCUCCCUAUUCCUUCCCUCAUUCCCUCUAGACUGUCUCUAAUGUCUCCCUAUUCCUUCCCUUAUUCCCUCUAGACUGUCCCUAAUGGUCCCCUAUUCCUUCCCUCAUUCCCUCUAGACUGUCCCUAAUGGCCCCCUAUUCCUUCCCUCAUUCCCUCUAGACUGUCCCUAAUGGCCCCCAAACCCUCAUUCCCUCUAGACUGUCCCUAAUGGUCCCCUAUUCCUUCCCUCAUUCCCUCUAGUCUGUCCCUAAUGGACCCCUAUUCCUUCCCUCAUUCCCUCUAGACUGUCCCUAAUGGUCCCCUAUUCCUUCCCUCAUUCCCUCUAGACUGUCCCUAAUGGCCCAAAACCCUCAUUCCCUCUAGACUGUCCCUAAUGGCCCCAAACCCUCAUUCCCUCUAGACUGUCCCUAAUGGCCCCCUAUUCCUUCCCAUUACAGAGACAGAUCUAUAUUUCAACAUAGGGAAUAGGGGGCCAUUACAGAGGCAGAUCUAUAUUUCAACAUAGGGAAUAGGGGGCCAUUACAGAGACAGAUCUAUAUUUCAACAUAGGGAAUAGGGGGCCAUUACAGAGACAGAUCUAUAUUUCAACAUAGGGAAUAGGGGGCCAUUGCAGAGGCAGAUCUAUAUUUUAACAUAGGGAAUAGGGGGCCAUUACAGAGGCAGAUCUAUAUUUUAACACAGGGAAUAGGGGGGCCAUUACAGAGACAGAUGCCUCUUACACGUCUCCACAGCAACCUGUUCGGUUGUUGUCAUAGUAACCAGCGACUAAUUUUAACGACUGGAUUCUGAGAGUUGACGACCUGUUGGAGACUGUUUUACCAAGUUGUUGGUUCACACCAGGUCACAGACCGACAAAACAGAUCACAUCGAUCAUACCGGAUCAUUCCGGUCAUACCGGAUCACACCGAUCACACCGGAUCAUUCCGGAUCAUACCGGAUCACACCGAUCACACUGGAUCACACCGAUCAUACCGGAUGAUUGCGAUCAUACCGAUCACACUGGAUCACACCGAUCAUACCGGAUCAUACUGGAUCACACCGAUCACACUGGAUCAUACCGAUCAUACCGAUCACACUGGAUCACACCGAUCAUACCGGAUCAUACUGGAUCCUACCGGAUCAUUCCGAUCAUACCGAUCACACUGGAUCACACCGAUCAAACCGGAUCAUACUGGAUCAUACCGAUCACACUGGAUCAUACCGAUCACACUGGAUCACACCGAUCAUACCGGAUCAUACUGGAUCAUACCGGAUCACACUGGAUCACACUGGAUCAUACCGGAUCACAACGAUCACACCGGAUCGUACCGGAUCACACCGGAUCACACUGGAUCAUACCGGAUCACAACGAUCACACCGGAUCGUACCGGAUCACACCGGAUCGUACCGGAUCACACCGAUCACACCGGAUCGUACCGGGUUCUAAAGCAAGCAGGAAUUAAUAAACCGACUUGACUGACAGUUCUCUAACCAAUCAGAGGAGAAGAGGAGGCAGGACAAUAACCAACCAGGACAUUGAUGUCCUUUAGAAAAUGUAAAGUUUCCAGAAGAAACUCUCGGGUGUUUGUCCCAAAUGGCACCCUAUUCCCUAGCGGGCUGUAGUCCAACGUUGUACACUAUAUAGGUAAUAAGGCUUUCAUUUAGGAUGCAACCUAGAGGUCUUUGACAGUGGUCAUCCCCUCUCUAUGAGCGCUGUGUGUGUCUGCCUCGCCUUGAAAUAAGACUGUUAUACUUGAAACAUCUUCAUCAUCAUCAUCAUCAGCAGUAGAGCCAGGGGCAGCCAGCCAGGUCACAGACCAUGACUAGAGAAGGGAGUCGAGGAAAGAAAAUAAAGAUUUUUUUUGUGUGAAUACAUCUCUUUGACUUUUUGUAAUGGUUUCAUUAUAAAUGAUAACUCUCUCUCUCUUUCCUUCCUCUCUCUCUCUUUCCUUCCUCUGUCUCUCUCUCUCUCUCUCCUUCUUCUGUCUCUCUCUGUCUCUCCUUCCUCUGUCUUUCUCUCUCCCCUUCCUGUCUGUCUGUCUGUCUGUCUGUCUGUCUGUCUGUCUGUCUGUCUGUCUGUCUGUCUGUCUCGCUCUCUCGCUCUCUCGCUCUCUCGCUCUCUCGCUCUCUCGCUCUCUCUCUCUCUCUCUCUCUCUCCCUCCUUCCUCUCUCUCUCUCUCAGUCUCUCCUUCCUCUGUCUUUCUCUCUCACCUUCCUGUCUGUCUGUUUGUCUGUCUGUCUGUCUGUCUCUCUCGCUCUCUCUCUCGCUCUCUCGCUCUCUUUCCUUCCUCUCUCUCUCUCUCUCUCUCUCUCUCUCUCUCUCUCUCUCCCUCCUUCCUCUCUCUGUCUCUCUGUCUCUCUCUGUCUCUCUCUCUCUCUCUCCCUCUCUCUCUCUCUCUCUCUCUCUCUCUCUCUCUCUCUCUCUCUCUCUCUCUCUCUCUCUCUCUCUCUCUCUCUCUCUCUCUCUCUCUCUCUCUCUCUCUCUCUCUCUCUCCAUCCCUCUCUCUCUCUCUCUCCAUCCCUCUCUCUCUCUCUCUCUCUCUCUCUCUCUCUCUCCAUCCCUCUCUCUCUCUCUCUCUCUCUCUCCAUCCCUCUCUCUCUCUCUCUCUCUCUCUCUCUCUCUCCAUCCCUCUCUGUCACACUAGAGUACCACCUGACCUGGUAUAAUGUGUUUUAAUAUUAGAAUAUUUAAAUAUUUAAAUUUCUUUUUGACGCUGAUUUUAAAUUAACUUGUCUGUCAGGGUGUGUAACCAUGUUGUAAAUAUAAACAUGUAAACAAACAACAGCUAAAUAGGGUGUGUAACCUUGUUGUAAAUAUAAAUAUGUAAACAACAACUAAAUAAACAUUUGUUUGCAUCAUC